GCGACUAUUAGUGCAAUCACAACAAACAACAAAAAACAUCAUAUUUUAUUGCAUAUAUCCAGCAAUAAUUUUUUUCUCUUUAAUAAAAUCCAAGUACGAAGCUUUAAACCAAAUGAGUGAUAUUAAGAAAAAUUCGGAAUCUAAAAACUCAAGCAAUGGAAAUUUUAGAAUAAACUUCAAUCAAGAUUAUACAUCGUUAUCUGUGGCUAAUGAAUGCGGCUAUAAACUGUUCUCCAUCCUCUCCGUUAAUAAGAUCGACGAGAUAUUCAAUAGCGAGAACAAUGUUGAUACGAAAAUUGCUGAGCGGUUGUUUGGUUCUAGUUUGGUUUCUGUCGUUAUCACCAGAGAGCAGUAUAAGUUGAAAAUUGUUCACUUCAAGAAACGGACUGACAUAUGCGAAUUUAAGUAUCCUAAGAACAUCCUGAGUGUGAAGAUGAAUCGCUCUAGACUAGUGGUUUGUCUUAAGGAUAGCAUCUACAUUCAUAACAUACGUGAUAUGCGUUUACUUCAUUCCAUCAAGCAAUUACCUGAUAAUCUUACUGGUCUCAUAACUUUAAGCUUAAACUCUCAUCUUGCUUAUCCGUGUUCAAAAGAUAGUGGCAACAUUCAGAUCUAUGAUGCUGGAAAUCUACAACCGAGGAUCAUUAUUGAAGCUCAUAGCUCAAAUGUUGCGGCUAUGAAUUUUUCAUCAAGUGGUACUCUUUUGGCUACGGCAAGUCAAAAAGGAACUGUUAUUAGAGUAUUUUGUACUAAGAAUGGUCAACGUGUAAUGGAGUUCCGACGAGGCGUUAAGCGUUAUGCACAAAUCAUGUCUCUUAAUUUUAGUAUUUGCGGAAGUUUCCUCUCAGUGAGUUCUAAUACUGAAACAAUUCAUGUCUUUAAAAUUGAUCAAAAGGCAAGAGAGGCAGCAGAGAAACGUCAAGAUAAGUUAGCGCUGACAGAAAGUGGUGACGAGGAAGAUAAAUCAGACGAACGAUCAGGAAUUAUGAAAGCAUUUUCAAAAGCAAUGGAAACAUUUAUACCUGUUAGCACAAUGCUUUAUCAAGAUCGAGCUUUUGCUCAUGUCCAACUUAGCGAGCCUGGACUACGAUAUACAUGCGUUGUUGCAAAAUUAGAAAAAGAUUUACGUCUAAUGGUCGCGUGUGAAGAUGGUUUUCUGUACAUUUAUAAUCUUGAUGCAAACGGCGGUGAAUGUAAACUUUUAAAAUGUCAUGACUUGCGAGGCUCAUUAUAUGACAUCACUGAAUUGAAUGGAAAUGAGACAUCAAUUGAUUCAUUAAGCACAUCUGUAAAUGAGACAAAUAAAGCAGAUUCACCUGUUAAUACGCCAGCAUUUGAAACAAGCUUUGCUGAAGUCAUGAAGGGUAAGUCGGUUGUUAAUCCAAUUAAUCCUGCAGAAACGUAUCAAUCAAAAAAUGCUCAGAUUUUUGAUGAAACAAAUUUUCCACCCAUGUGUCAAGCUUGAGACUCAGUUAAAGGCCAUAAAAAUAGAAAUAGACGCAAGUGAACUGUUUAUUUUCAAAUUAAUUACGAUUUAAUGCGUAAUAUUUAUUCUGAAAAUAUUUAUUGGAUGUCUGUAAAAUGUAAAUUCAUAAAAUUCUUAUAAUAAGGCGCAUUUUUACAUAUCAUUUAAUUUUAGUUUAGGGAUCGUUCAUAAAUGACAUUUAUCGAAUUUUAUUUCCAUGACAUAAAGCAUCUGAACUUGGUUUUGAGUGUCUUGUGAGGG